AUGUCAAAGCUUCAGCAAGUCCUUACUGACCGGGAGAAACAACCACGGCCAACUUCAAUGAUUGCUAUGUCUGAUGCAGAAUCUGGAACUGAUUCUCGCCCACCAAAAGCGAAUGGAACUCCUGAUCGAUCUCGGAAAGCACCCGUCCUUGCGAAGCUUAAAAUGCAAUCAUCCACUUCUAAUGACAGAGACCAUCAGCCGAAAACAGAACCGGUUCUGACGAAUCACAAAAAGAUUGAAAGCAGCCAGCCAGUAGUUGUUAAACCAGAAGUGACGAAAAAUGACUUGGACAGGAUUUCUGACACCUUCAACUCUCAGUUGAGCGAGAAAGACAGUCCGAGCCCGAUGACGGUUGCUCCGAGAAAAAAGACACUAGAUGAGAUUUUCGAUGUCGAUGAGUUGGAAAAGAUGCUCGAUGAAGAGGACGACUACGAAGCCCGGAAAGCGAUUCGAUCCCGACUGCGCUCGCUGCACAAAGCAAAGACUGCUGAGAUCGAAAACCGUCAGAAAUCGAAGAAUCAGCCUCCUCUAAAUAUUCCUACAACAGAUGAUGAAAUCGUGGUGGAGAAACGAACCCGAAGCCGAGCACGGGUUCAACGAAGCAUGAGCUCAGUUGCCAGUCUCCAAAGCAGCACUGCUAGCAACGACAGAUUCGGAGACAAAAAAACCGAUCUGGGUCGUGUGUCUCGAACUCCUUCACAAGCAUCCCUCCGUGAAGACGAUUUCGGCGCAGCUGAGAGCUCCUCUAGUCCAAGUCCGUCAGAGUCAUCAAUCCGAGCGCGUCCUCAAACCGCCCAGCCCAAAAGUUCUAGCGUCAGUGCAUCGCCAAAGACCCAGGUUCGCCCCAGCACGGCGAAACCAUCCUCAAUCAGUCAAACCGUCGAAACUGCAGGAAAACAGUUGACAAACAAAACAAAACGAUCGGAAGUUAUAAAUACGCGUGUCUAG